CGUGUUGAGAAGUAAGCUGUCACAUUCUUGCCUGGAGCAGUGAGCCGUGUGGAUGUGUAUACAUAAAUACACAUAUAUACACUUCUAUCUAUCUACUUAAGUUUUUCUGUGUAUCUGUCCAUCUAUCUUUAUAUAUAUAUCUAUAUCUAUUAUAUGUAUAUAUAUAUAUAUAAAUACUGACAGAAAAGUGGAUAUAUAUUGAUUAAUAAUCGGUAAAAGGAUAACAAAUUGUGGAUAUUUUCAUUGACUGAGAAAUACAGACAAUGGCAGCGGAGACGAACGGUAAUGGACAUAUCAACGGACAGUUACCAACUUUUAUGAAAAACAAAUACGAACAUAUUUUUCAUCUUCUUUACGAUAUCCAACAUGACAAGAAUCUUUCAAGACAAGAUUUCACCAAACUUAAAAAAAAAUUGGUUGAGAUGGGAAAUGUUGAAGAUGGUUCCGAGAAGUGUCGGUUAAUGCAAAGCCGAAUUGAUGCCACAUGGGCAGGUUUAAUGAAGGGCUCCAGAGUAUACCGGAAAAAUUCUCUUCAAAGGCAUGUGAGUGUGCCAAUGUGGAUAGAUUAUUGGGCUGAUUUUUAUGAAGCUGCAAAAGCAAAAGGUGACUGGCCAUCCUCAUCAUUGUCUGGUAAUGUCGAUUAUCAGUGGCACUCUGAGUUUGUCAGCUUAAUAUUUGAUGCCAUGGAUCUUAAUGGUGAUGGUGUUAUUGACAAAGAUGAAUAUUCAGCUUUUAUGAAAGCUUUUGCAUACAAUGGAGAAGGUGAUCCCGUGAAAAAUUUCACAAUCUUGUGUCAGAAAAAUGGAGACAAACUGGACCGAAGUUAUUUCGCUGAUCUGUGGUACCAAUACUUGAUGUCUGACACAUUAGAAGACAGCCCAGGGAAUUAUUUAUUUGGCAGCUCAUUCAGCUGAAUUAGGGACCUGAUGAGGAACCCUAUAAUAAACAGAGACAAAAUCAAUUAAAACUAUCAUUUACUUUUUACGAACA